CAGCAUAACACACCUUGAUAUUACGUCAAUAAAAGUGCAUCCCUACAAACUACAAAUCAAUACACGUAUUGUCCGGUGUCUCCCCAAGCGGUGGUUUCUGUCUAGUUUUCAAUUUUCAGAUUUCUGUAAAUAAAAAAAACUGGACAACGUUUAGUUCUUGUUUGCCCUAGCGUGUGUUCCGGUGUGUUUUAUAAGUCACGCUCUGUACCUGUAUCAUUAAAAUGAUAAAUCUUAAUAGGAACUGAAGAUUUUACGUGCUAAACAUGGACACUAUCAUGGAGGAAUACGAAGCGUUUAGAGAUUUUUUACAGGAAUCUGAUCUGGAACAAUAUUAUGAAUUAUUCAGAGAUAUAUUAAAAGUUAGUAAGCUGUCCCAGUUAAAAUUUGUUGCAAUAGAAGAUUUGGCUCAAAUUGGGUUAUCAAAACCUGAACAAAGGAGGUAUAAAAAGGUUUAUAGCAAAUAUUUUCCAAGCAACUACAUAGCAAAGAUCAGAAGACUUCUUAGUACAAAGAAAAAUGAUUCUGCAAGUGUUGGUGUUACUUUUAAUUCAAUCGAUUUUCCACAAUUUUCUGAGAGUAACAUUAAAACAUCUCCGAAACAUAUUAUUUCUAUAGAUGACAUUUCAACAAAUAAGGAAUUAGGUAUGGGACAAUUUGGUGUUGUACAACAAGGAACAUGGGCUACGGGUAAUCAACGUAUCCAAGUUGCUAUUAAAUGUCUCGGAAAUGAGCGUAUGACUUCAAACUCUACAGAAUUUUUGAAAGAAGCCGCGGUGAUGCAUAGUAUUGACCAUCCUAAUAUUGUAAGGCUUUAUGGUGUUGUAUUGCAUCUAGAAUCCUUGAUGUUGGUCACAGAGUUGGCACCACUAAGGUCUCUAUUGGAAUGCCUCCGAGAGGUUACAUUCCGCGCAAAUUUUCCAGUGCCAAAUCUUUGUGAGUUUGCAGAACAGAUCUGUGAUGGAAUGACUUAUCUAGAAAAUAAAAGACUGAUUCAUAGGGAUCUUGCUGCAAGAAAUAUUUUAGUGUUUAACAAGGAUAGAGUUAAGAUCUCUGAUUUUGGAUUAUCGCGGGCUUUGGGAGUGGGGAAGGAUUACUACCAAACCAAUUAUAAUGUCAAUCUUAAGCUACCCGUUGCAUGGUGUGCUCCGGAAUGCAUUUUGUAUCUGCGUUUUACUUCAUCGAGUGAUGUAUGGGCUUACGGUGUCUGUUUGUGGGAGAUGUUCACUUAUGGGUUUCAACCGUGGGCGGCCUUUUCUGGACAACAGAUUCUUGAAGCUAUUGAUGCACCAAACUUCCAGAGGUUGGAACGUCCAGAAUGUUGCCCUGAUGCGUACUAUUCCUUGAUGUUGGACUGCUGGUCUCAUGAACCCAAUGAACGACCAAAAUUUAAAGAACUGAAGCCACGAUUAAAACAAAUAACACCUGAAGUGGUAAUGGCUACUUGCAACUAUGUGAAACCAGAGGAUGGGCGCCGUUCUAAUUUCCUGGAAUACAAAACUGGCCAAAAAAUAGCUGUGCUGGCCAAAGAAGCUUUCACUAAAUCGGCCAUGUGGUACGGAACGUUACCAGGCGGCGCUUGUGGAUUGUUUGAGCCGAACAAUACAGUACCCUGCGUAAAUGAUGAGAAGUCACAAUCAUUCCCGUCCGGUUCGCUCUCACCGCAAGCGUCGCGCGCGAACCGCUCGUUUCGUUCAUCAUUAUUGCGCUCGGACGCUAAGAGGCACACGUUCACCGGCAAACGCACGAUACAGAGGAGCAUGAUAUCGGGCCCGCAGGGGGACGUGAAGCACACGGGCCACGUGGGUCUUGAUGGGGCCUACUUUGGUGACAUCUCCUUCCUGGAUCCGGCCGGUUGCCCGCCACGCAAUGUAGUAACACCAUACAGGCCUUCUGAGGAUUUGGAGCAGGUUCCUUUGAUCAAUCCUAACUCGCCAUCUCACCUGAUCGGCGCUACGUGCUCAGCCUAUCCUCUUUUGAGCUCUAACAAUGACAGCAAAAACGAAGAUGAUAAACUUGAUAUUGCAAGUAAUGAUACGAAGACAAAACCAUCCAAGAAGGGGCAUUUGAAGUCCAUGCUGGAACCUUCUACCAGCAAGAGCCAGAGCCUCUUAAGCAAGGUAAAAUCUGCUACUCUCGGGCGUUCCCAUAAAGCUGAUGAUGCCAGUGCUAAGAAUUCAGAAACCCAUGAAUACCAUGAGAUCUCGGAUACAGACACUGAAAGUACAGCAACAGAUAAUGCUAGAGCUGAAGUACCAGUGCCUGAUAGCCCCGGUAUACCAAAAACCUACACCGACUUCAGUCAAAGCCUUCUCGAUGAAAUGGAAUCGAUGUUUCGAAACUUGGACGACAGGCGAAAGGACGAAGUACGGUUCCACCAGGCAGACGUUGAAGCAGCUAUCAGAAAUGCUUUGGGCAGGACUCAUACACUGAGUAAGUCGGAUAAAAAGAAGACAUCCAACACCGGUACUAUGAAGCUGAUGUCGGCGCAAGAUGAGAAAACUCUUGAGACAGCGUGCGCUUUGGCGAACGAAUUGACAGCCAAAUCAAUGAAUAAUUUGGGAGAAAAUAAAAAUCCAGCGUCUCCCAGUGAGAAGUCAAAAUUCCAUUUCAAAUUUCCGCUGGUGUCACUUCAUCAUAGCAACAACAAUGAAACUGACAGGGAUUCUAACGCUAAACGGAAUUUCAGCGAAGAAGCAAACAGCGUACCUGAUAUCCAGGAGUCAUUAACAGAGGAAUCCAAAAUGGUAUACGCCAGUUUGAUCGAGGAGCCAACUCCUGCACUGUCGGUGAUAACUAGGUCGCACGAUGUGUUGGCCAAACCAUCCACAAUACCGAAGGAAUCUUCUAAGAAUCAGAAAACUCGAUCGCGCUUCAAUUCGUUACAGAAGUCGGCCUCCGGAGGGAAUGCUUCGGCGGGACCAUCGGCAUCAACAUCAUCAAACGACAACGAUGGGAACGAGGUGCCUAUACCUCCGCGUACAACAAAACCGAAACUGGUUGACAAGCCACGCCACGUCCGGAAAUACCCUCUGCGACUACCUGGGCGUGAACCGCCGGGUCCCAUUGUGAAUACCCCAGCUAACGUCCAAGCGUGCUCGAUAUAUCAAAACACUAGAGCUCUGAUGCACAACGAAGAAAUCGAGGCACAGGCACAGGCACAGGCACAGGCACAGGCACAGGCACAGGCACAGGCACAGGCACAGGCACAGGCACAGACACAGGCACAGGCACAGGCACAGACACAGGCACAGGCACAGGCAGAGACACAGGAAGAGGCACAGGCAGAAGCAGAUGCACUGGCACAGGCAGAGGCCCUGCCACCGCCACCGCCACCGCCUAAGCCACAGGCACAUGCAGCGGCACCGCCAAAGGCGCAGGCACGGGUGCAGGCGCAAACAAAGACAAACACGCAGACAAAGGCACAGACAAAGGCACAGACAAAGGCACAGGCAAAGGCACAGACAAAGGCACAGGCAAAAACACAGACAAAGACACAGACUCAGACUCAGACUCACACUCACACUCAGACUCAGACUCAGGCUCAGACUCAGACUCAGACUCAGACUCAGACUCAGACUCAGACAAAGACAAAGACAAAGACACAGACAAAACCGGAAGAAAAGGCGCAAGCAUCGGCCCAAGUGCAAACAGGGACAGAAGAAGAAAACGCUUCGGGCCCGGAUCCUACGAAUCCAUUCGUUGCCACUUAUCCAGAGGAAAUAGACCUCCCUGACCUGUCUACGAACCCAUUCAAUUGCUACAUAAGCAACUUGGACGCUAGCCUUGAGGAAGGGGAGGACCAGAUAUUCGAAGAGGUCUACCUUAAAGGUGAGGCUCGCGAUGAUGACUACAAGAGUGAUCACGUCUCAGUGGAGGAUUUACUUCAAUUCGCAGAUAGAAAGCCUUCCUCAAAACAACGCGGUGUCGAGUCCGACGAGGUCAGGAUUAUGAAUAAAGUUCUUAAACAGCAGGCAUCUCCGGAAGAGUGUUUGGAAGCGUUAGAGUUUACAGACUGGAAUGUACAUAUCGCUAUUAAAUUAUUGAAGAUAAAGACUUCGGUGGCGGGCGCAACGAAUAUCACUCUCGAUGAGUGUCUGCGGGAACUGGAAAUAGUCGAUGGUGAUGUUGCAAAGGCAUCAUCAGCCAUUGUUUUUAAUAAAACGGACGAUGAUGUAUGAACAUAAGUGUUUUAUUUGUAACUUAUAUGUGAUUGCAUGUAUACGAUUAAUUCGUUUUCUAUUGUACUUCUUCAAUUAUAUAAUACUAAAGGAGUUAUUAAUUAAUAGUAUAAGUAUAGUAUUAUGUUUAUGUAACUUAUUUAUAUGUAUAUUUAUAUAUAUGUGUAAUUAAGGUGACCCAAAUGUAUAGGGGUAUUAUGUUGAUGUUAAUCUUCAUACGUGUUAUUAUUAAAUAGUAAAAACUUUUUGACAAUAUAUAAAACUUUUAUGAAACGAUGAUUAUGACGAUGAUGGUUAUGCUCUAAUUAUAUUUUAUAAAGAAAUUUUAUUAAAUGUUAUAGAUAGUAGAAUAUUUAUUAUAUAUUAAUAUUGUUUGUGUAUACAGAAUAUUUGGAUUGGCCUCGUAUUCUUACAGUAAAUUUUACUCAACAAGAUAUGUGUUAGAAAUGCCUAAAUUAACGCAAAAUUAUUCACUACAAAUAGCUUCCAUUGGGAUUGUCGUUAUUUGCAACCUGUUUAUUCAAAAAGUAUAAAAAAUAGAAACUCGUAGGAAUUUUGACAAGCAGGUGUUUUUGGCAGAAUAUUAAACUUUUACUAUUAAAUUUACAUUAGUAAGAUACUGAUCUUGUAAAACCUAGGUGAGACGCAUUUGUGUCAACCAAUAAAUAUUUUAUAUUGUAAUAUAAGUAUUACAAAUACGUAUAAGUAUGUGUCUAUAAGAAUAUAUUUGAAAUGGAGCGAGUUUCCAGUAUUUUAUGAAAACAUUUCAUAUUAAAUAGUAUAUUUUAUAAAACAUGUAUACAAUGUUUACUAGCAUAAGAAAAUAUCGUAUUUUCUGAAUUAGUAGCCAUGUUCUAAAUCAAUUUUAAAUACUGUAUUUUUCUUAGUAGGUACUAAUUAUUAUUACUAAAUUAAAUCAAUGUUAGGUUAAAAACUGUUGUACCCUUAUCAUAAAAAUAUGGAAUUAAGUUUACUGAAUGUGUAACAAUAAUCUCACUACAAACAAUUAAUUGGUAUAAGUUACAGAUGCUAUGAUAUAGCUAUUUUCACAUAAUUCUACUGAAAAUUCAACUUAGUUAAUCACUUUUCCUUUCACUUUUGAGGAAAAGGUAAAGACAAUCUUAAUUAGCACCCAUAAUGAGCCUCUUGCCUACUUCUACAUACACAAGCUUAGGCUUUGCACACAUACAUAUUAACUUUUGACAAUAUUUCCCGUUCAAACUAUCUACUAUAAGUUGACCCCAGAACCUUACGUAACCUUACUGGCAUCUCCAUUUGCCGCAACGCAAGAAGGACUUCCAAAGUUCAAGUUACGAUGGUCAUUCAAUAGAAUGUUGGUAAAACUUACAUACAACUACCUCUAUAAUGUACAACAGCGAGCUCUCUUUCAUGGCAGAUACGUACUCACAAUAGUGUAGGUAUGUCUUUGUCCAUAUUUUUUCAUUAGUACAUGUAUGAUUAAGGAAAUAAGUAAUUUUGUGAGACCAAUUGUGAACAUAGUUUUUCAUGAUUAUGAAUAUUAUAACAAAAAGGUUAUUUCUUCAACGUAGUAUUUUAUACUCGACUAAUACUGGUACCAUUUAUAAAUAAGUGAAUUGUAUCUAUUUAUCUUAUAGACAUUUAAGAAAUCUACAUGUGUUUAGUAGUCGUUUACAACAUCAAUUCGAGUGAAUAAUGAAUUUUAUAUAUCUGGUCAUAGUCAUAUUAAUAUGAUAUAAAAGUAAGUGCAAAAUCAUGCGGACAUAUUUUAUAGUUAACGAUGUAUCAAAAUGGGUUUUUAAUAAUAAAUAGAAGCAGUCGUCAGCGCAUGCGCGACUUUUUCGGCCUAGAUGUCGGACGGGGCCGAUGUCCGUGUGUGUGUAGCUUGUGUAGGAUAGUAGGUCUAAUUGCUUGUGUGCGUUUGGCACGUAGGACGCGCCUCUCGACCUACAUUCGACAGAACCCCGUUUAAAUCGACGUCCUAGACGACGAAUAUUUAUAAGACUAUGUUGAUCUAAUAUCCUGGAUUUUAUCUUCGACAUUAGACAUUACUAUUUGAAUAUAUACUAAUAAGUACUUAUUAUAAAAUAAAGAACAAUUUUCUUAGUCAAUUAUAUAUAGAUAUAGAAAUAUGCCAUAGCUAUACAUAUGACAUGCAUUUAUUUAACCUUAAGUGGGUGUAAUUACAAAAAAUAAAACAGAUUUAUAUGCAUAUACGAUCAUAAAAAAAAUCAAGAAUGUUUCUCAAAUUUUUGUCUUAUAUACGUACGUAAUAGACGAACAAACAAUAAAUCGACUACACUUUCUCAUAAAAGUAGUUAUAAAUUUGUGUAUCGUGAUGUGUCUCAUUACAACACACGUGUAAUAUUCAUAUGUAGGUACAUGUUUAUUAUGUCUAAGAAAACUAUUUACUUCUUAUUAUACGCUUUGAAAUAUAGUCGUAUAUGAUAUAAAUUUAAAUUAUAAUGAUAAUAGACUUCAAACCAAACUACAAUGCAAAACAUAACAAAGGCAAAUACAUGUUAAGGGGAGUCGCGACUAUUACGUAAAAUACGUAGGUAAUAGAUGGCGGAAUACAUAGACAUAGUGCUAAUUCGAUAAACUAUUUCAUGUUUUGAAGAAAUUACGAACCUACUUUUCCUGUUGUGACAGAGUUGGCGUGAUUACGCCGUAAUUCAUUCCAACUCGCCUUGAAUUAUGAGGAUGCGCUUCCACUGUACGUAGGUAUAUAAGGAAGCUGUUAUCUCCACGUUAACGGAACUAAUUUCGUUUUAAUGACUUAGCCCUUGAAUGGCAUAACUUAAUGUAGGGUAAAUAAAGUGACCCAUAUAACCUACCUACAUAUUUGCAACAUCUACCUACUAUUGCAACAUUAUUAUACUAGAUACUAAGUACUACAUCUUUACAUAACUAGGCAUUUCCAAUGUUAAUAACAUAAAUGACAAACGGAAUAUAGAUUACGUGGUAGCUGUUAACAAUUGGUGUUUUUUAUAAAAAAACUAAAAAAAAAUGUAUUUAAAAAAAGAGUAGCUAACUAUCAUAUAAUAACUACUGUAUUCAGGUUUUAAUAUGAAUGGGACGCUUUACAAAUCAAUAAAUAGUGUUUGAUGUAUUAAUUGUGUAUAACUUUCUAGAAGUUCAAUGUCUAAGAAUAAUCUUAUGUGUGGCUUUUAUCAUAUUAUGCAUUAAGUAGGUAUAUAGAGUAAAAUUUUAGUCGAUGUAUUGCGUCUAGACUUAGGAAGUUGUCUAGUUUUGCUCAAUUUUUUUUUUUAUAUUUGCAUAAUGCAAUAGUUUAUAUUGAUUUCAAUAAUUCAGGGUAUUUCAGAAAUAGAAAAUUUUUGCUCGCGAUAUACGUAUCUACCUACCUACUUCCUCGUGACGUAAUCUGUCGCCGACCAAAGAUCUAUAUAAAAAACAAUACAAUAAAAUAUUUCCAACCAGGUUGAAAUGAGCCGCAUUUCGACGGUGAAAGUGUGUGACCUAUUUUACAACUCAUUCACAGACAAAGAAGACCUAGACUGACGCACGUAAUAUAUAUUUAGGUCAAUGCAAAAUCGCUUCCCGUCCAUUCCUGAUAUUCGGAACUUGUGAAUUCUUUGCUAAUUUUAUCAUCGUUGCUAUUUUUCAACCCCACGUUGCAUGAGGAACAUUUUUAAGAGGUGGUACAAUGGGCCAAGUGCUUAUAAGAGUCCACGAAAGUAUCGCAGUGACAAAACCGCCUCAAAACGCAUUCCUUGCUUAUAUAGUUAUAUUUGUUGUAAUAAAGUUAAUAGAUUAUAUAUGGUAACCUAUUAAUUAUAUUCUAUAUCUAUUAUAGAAGAUAGAAUAUUGUAUGUGUCUAAUAUUAUUAUUGUAGUAAAGCCCUGUAACCCCUGUAAUACCUGAUGUAUUGCAGCUAUAUUAUGUUUUAUUUAGUUCCUAACAACGUUUCGUUUUAACACUUCCGAUAUGUAUAAAUGGAGCCCAAGAAAUAUUCUAUGUAUUCUAUAAAUUAAUAAUUAUUAUACUGUAUAUGUAUACGUAAUUAAUAUCAUUGUUAUUUCUUGAUCUAGGUCAUAAUAUCUGAGUUUUCUGAAUGUUAGUUUUGACCUAUUACUAGUUGGGAAACUGUGCUAUUGCAGCUCUUAGUACCAAAACCAUUGUUAACGUUUCUGUCUUUUUUUGUCAGUAUUGUAAACACUGAUGGAAUAAUUAUUUUUAUUAUUUAAAUAAACAUACUAUUAUAUAAAUAUA